UCGCCAGAAAAAAUUCACCCGCGGCAACCGGCAAACCGCGCGCCUCCGAGACCGCAUAUCCACACCACCCCCACCCCGCCCAUGCCGCCGCCCAGCCUCACGACGGCCGCGGCGCCCGGCCAGGUCGCGUCUUCCGCGAGCGGCGGCGAGGCGGACGCGGUGGCGAUCGCGAACGGCGCGCUCCACCCCUCCUCGGCGACCGGGGACGCGCGGCGGCGCGGCGGCAAGAAGGUGAAGGUCCACCCCGCGCCGACGGCGACGCCGGACGCCGGCGGUGCCGGGGGCGCGAUGGAGAGGAGGGGCGGCGGCGUGGGAGGAGGGUGGUGGAGCGGGAGGCCGGAGUGGUGGUCGGCGUCGGCGGUGGCGUCCAUCCUGCUGCGGCACCCGGCGGCGGCGCUGUUCGGGUGCGGGAUGCUGCUGUUCAUGGGCGUGGAGUACACCAUCCCCAUGGUGCCGCCCGCCGCGCCGCCGCUGGACCUCGGCUUCGCCGCCACCGCCGCGCUCCACGCCGGGAUCGCCGCCCGCCCAUGGCUCAACUCGCUCCUCGCCGCGCUCAACACGGUGUUCGUCGCGAUGCAGGCGGCGUACAUCCUGUGGGCGAUCCUCGCCGAGGGCCGGCCGCGCGCCGCCGUGGCGGCGCUGAUGAUGUUCACCUGCCGCGGCGCGCUGGGCUGCGCCACGCAGCUGCCGCUGCCGGCGGAGUUCCUCGGCUCCGGCAUGGACUUCCCCGUCGGCAACGUCUCCUUCUUCCUCUUCUUCUCGGGCCACGUCGCCGGCGCGGUGAUCGCCGCCGAGGACAUGCGCCGCGCUGGCCGCCGCGGCCUGGCGCGCCUCUACGACGCGCUCAACCUGCUGCAGGGCGUCAGGCUGCUCGCCUGCAGGGGCCACUACACCAUCGACCUCGCCGUCGGCGUCGGCGCCGGGCUCCUCUUCGACAUGCUCGCCGGCAGGUACCUGGACGGCAAGAACGUCGUCGACGGCGCCGCCGCCGCGCCGGGGACGGGGAGCCGCUGCUGCAGCUGCCACAAGGCUCUCUUAUCACAGUAGCUUACACUACAAUCUUGGGCCCCCAGGGCCUCAUGUCCCAGCCAUUAAUGGCAAUUGCAGUUGGUUGGGCAUCAAAUGCCAUUUUUUUGUGAUGUAAUCGAGAUUAAAUGUUACCUACUGAUGUGUAAUUGUACAAACACUAUUCAAUCCAUCUAAGCUUAGCUCUAAAAAUAUCAGUACCACAAGUUUC